AUGGGAGACCCUGCAGCUGGACCGCUCAAGCUCCGCUCGACGUGUGAUCGCUGCGCCGCGCUCAAAGUGCGGUGUGGCAAGGGCAAACCGCGUUGCGAAAGAUGCCACGCAUCAGGAACAGAUUGUAUAUAUAGACCGUACCGCUGGAAGACCAACUCGUCCUCCCCAUUGGUCCAGGGCCAGGUGCCUGGGAUCCCCAUUAUUUAUCCACAGAUCCCGGCCGAUGACUCCCUCACCAGCGACACUGCAUUCUCCGGGUUCUCCGAAGCCCAUCUUACGUCUCCCGCUUCUGCUAGCAGUGUCUUUGGCUCGGCACUGCCAGACCUGAGCCAUUUCGACUUCUCCGCCGACCAAGGCGCUCCCACCGAGCUGUCUGAGCCCGGGGCGAUGGACCCUCCACUAUUUGCCGAGCUCCGCCAUGAAGAGCUCGGCAUCAUCACGCCCAGCACGGAAGGAGACUCCAUUACCCUGACUCCAACCCACGAGUGCUCCUGCGCAGACACGGCCCUCGGCAUUGCUGAAGAGCUUUAUCGCGGAUCCCUCUGUACCCCGACGGGCUCACCACCCAGCGCCCUAAUCCUGAAAGUCAGCCGAGCGGCCGUGCGUAGCCUGGAGCAGCUCCUCGUACAAGGCGAAGGCCAAUGCACCUGCUCGCAUGACCCGAGUUUGCUCUUCAUGUUUGCCUCGAUAAUUUCCAAGUCCCUGGAUUGGUACCGGGUUGUAUUCAACGGGAUCUGUCGACCUGCGAAGCCCGACGCGGCGGCUGGGUUCAUGGCGACCGCACCCCUCCAGUUCGGUGACUUUAUGCUCAAUUCCGAAGAGCAGCGUCGUAUGGAAGCACAGUUCUUGCUCUGUGAGCUUCAGAGUCUGCGCCGGAUGCUUGGGAUUCUGGGCAAGAACGCCACUGUUCAACGCCAUGGCGGCGGUGGAUUGGUGGAUCAGCUGCAUGGGGUUCUAUCCGCCGCUCUGGACAGGCUCAUGACCAAUGUGAAUUCCUUUUGUGUUUUCAAACUGCCAACGGGGGACCGGGGCUAG